AUGGGUGGAUGGAAGUUGGAAUCUGCUCGGUUCUUUCUCAUGAUCGCCUUCCCUGUUGGUGCUUUCUGGAUGUUUAACCAGCCUAAGAUAUUCAAAGAGUUUAUGAGAGGCUAUCGCGUACCGGAUAAUAUAGAAGGUGAUAAAGCGAUGGCAGACUUCAAAGAACAAAUAUCAGUACAAAAAAGGAAGGAAGAAUAUGAAAAGUUCUUAAGAGAACAAAUGGCCUUCGAAGAAGCUAGAAAAAUAAGAGAAGAGUUAAAACUCUAA